ACCAUAGCAACUCAUAUACAGAGCUAAAGGUCAGCAUUGAGGAUUGUGUUAUUGAAAAUGCCCAUAGAAACACAGACCACUCGCUCCCAUCAACUGGAGGAGUUUUCAAAGAAAGAGGCAGCUAUUGUUAAUCCUAAUGCUGAUCCUAGGAAUAUCCGUAGAGUGAUAGCAGAGGAUCCAGAAUGGAACUUGGAGACAGUCCCUCCACUUAUUGAUCUAUGUGUGAAACACAUUGUUGAUAAUUUUGAAGCGAAUCCACUUCUAUCACAGUUACUGCCUCCUUAUGACCAAAGAGUAUUAGAAAAACUACCUCCUACAGUAUCACUAGAUGUCACUGCUCCGCUAAUUGAGGAUGAGGACUAUUGGGAGAAGUGCUGUCACAACCGGUGGUCACUGUGCAUGGUCUCGGAUCAUGGUGAAAGUUGGAAGAGAAUGUAUUUUGAGCGACACAUACAAGAACUUAUUGAACAGUUUACGCCAGAUGUAUCAAACUUGCAAGAAUUAGAAAAGCAGUUGUCAUUAUCCGGUCCCUAUGUCAAGUGUCUGAAACUAACUCAAUUACUGCCUUCUUCAUCAACCCAACAGCCUGAAGAAGAUGAAGCCCUGGACAGUUUGAGUGACAUUGAUUCAAAGAAGCCCAGUCAGGAUCACAUUGAUUUAGCCAUACCACUGAAAGGUCUUAAAAAUUUAAGAGAGCUUCAACUUGCUUACAGAGUUAAAGAUUGUGGAAUGAAUUUUGAAUGGGGGCUCUUUAACUUUACUGAUGAAGAUUGUCGCAAGUUAGCAGCAGCAAUAAAAGCUACCAAACACUUGAGAAUAUUGAGAAUCCAUCACAGCAAAGUUGAAGACAAAAAGGCAAGACUUUUAGUAUCGCAUCUACUGGAUCAUCCAGGCCUUCAAACAUUAGAUAUGUCCUACAAUAAGCUAAGUGAUGGUACAGGUCGUGCUUUGGGUAAACUAAUAAAUGGUCACUCGGUGCUAACAGUACUGAAUGUCAGUAAUAAUAGCAUUGGAUCAAUAGGAGGGAUAUCACUAGGCCAUGCACUACAGACCAACACUACUCUUACACACUUGAACCUUAAACUUAACAGAUUAGGAGAUGAAGGUAUACAACCAGUCCUCAAAGCAUUAAUGAGGAACCUGACACUUAUCAGUCUUGAUAUCAGUAGCAAUGACUUUGGAGAGCCAUCAGCUAGUCUAAUGUCUGAAAUGUUAGCAGCAAAUCAAACACUCCAGGAGCUAAGUAUCACAUGCAACCAGUUAGGAGAGGCUGGAGGUAAGCUCCUACAGGAAGGAGUAGAAGAGAAUAAGACACUAAUUACACUGGAUCUGAGACUGACAGAGAUUAGUGCAGAGAAUGAAUAUACUAUUAAUCAAAUCAUAAGAACCAAUGCAAAUAGACCAAAGAUUUAAGACUUAACCAUGAUGAUUGAUUGUUUUGUCAAAAAUUGUAACCUUGGUAAAACUAGCUCUUUCAUGGA